AUGGAUGUAGACGGUGAGCACGAUGCGCCGGUCGCGAAACGGCAGAAGCUCACCAACGGCACCACCAAAACACACCUCAAACCUGGCGCCUCACGAGUCUUUGCUCCCUACCGAACGGUUGGUCUGGUCUCUCCCACAGCGGUCCCAUUCACCAGUGUCCCCUUGGGCAAGACGACCUUCCAGAUCACUACCUCUGUCGGCCGGAGCCUGCAAACAUACGACAUUCGCAAGGGUUUAAAUCUCGUCUUUAUCACCAGACCGCAGACGCCCGAGACCAUCACCGCCAGCGCAGCAUGGAAGGAACGAGUGCUUGCGGCAUGGGGUGGACAUACACCGGGCUCUGGGGUCGGCGUGUGGGUGUUCAAGCGAGGCAAGAAGGACGCUGAGCUUGAGCUACCUAACGGCUGGGAUGAGAAGAUCAAGUGCUUCGGCAUCUUUGGUUCGUGGAUUGUGGGUGUCUGCGAAAAGAGAAUGCUGGUAUGGAAGAGUGCGACGUUCGAAUUGUACACCGCACUACAAGGCAUAUCUCCUGUGCCGCUCACAAAAUGCAUCGCAAGUCUGCCCACCUUCUUGAACAAGGUUGUGGUUGGGCGUCAGGAUGGGAGCGCGGAGAUAUGGAAUGUGUUGAGUGGCAAGCUUGUAUACACCAUCUUUCCACCUUCAUCAACAUAUGGAGCCGUCACAGCCAUCGAGCCGACCCCAGCUCUGUCUCUGGUUGCGAUUGCAUACGAAAAGGGCGCCCUCCACAUCCAUGACAUCCGGACAGACCAGACAGUGAUUCAGCUCAACACAUCUGCUGGGGCAGCGGUCACCUGCAUCACUUUUCGAACCGACGAGUUAGGCGCCGGCGACGACGGGCAGGAAGCUGGUGUGAUGGCUACGGCAUCGACAAAUUCUGGCGACGUCACGCUGUGGGAUCUGAAUGAGGGUGGGCGCAAGGCUGGUGUGCUCCGUGCUGCUCAUGCUCACCCGACGCCGUCGUCUCCUGGUGGCACCAGCAAAAUUGAGUUCCUGGCCGGCCAAGCAGUACUGGUGAGCAGUGGACUUGACAACAGCCUCAAGACGUGGAUCUUCGAUGAGACACCUUUCAACCCCAUACCAAGGAUACUGCAUUCUAGGAGCGGUCAUGGCGCGUCAAUCACGAAUCUGAAGUUCAUUCCCAGCGCUUCCGACGGCUCUGAUGAUACCGGGAAAUGGCUGAUGUCUGCCAGUAAAGACCGAAGUCUGUGGGGAUGGUCUCUCAGGCGCGAUGGACAGAGCACCGAACUCAGCCAAGGCGCUCUUCAAAAGAAGGCUAAGAAGCAAGGUCUUCUCGCUGCUGGAAGUCGCGACAGUCUGGAGGAACUCAAGUGUCCACCAAUCACAAGCAUAGCCUGUAGCUUGAAUCGAGACGGGGGCAUAGGUGCAGUGCCCGGGAAGCAUCCUGUCUGGCACGCUGCGAAAGGAAAGGGUGUUAGCGCCGAGAUCAGUUCCAUGACCGGCUGGGAAAGUGUGGUCACCGCGCACGAGAACGACAAAAAAGCGCGCACUUGGUUCUGGGGCCGCAAGAAGGCCGGCCGCUGGGCUUUUGAUACCGGUGAUGGAAGCAAUGUCACCUCCGUGGCGAUGUCUCCGUGCGGCACUUUCGCUGUCGUUGGCUCAGAGAAAGGUGGCAUAGAAAUGUUCAAUCUGCAGUCUGGACUUCAUCGCCAGCGAUAUCCGGCUCGAUUGACGCCGAUGCAAGCCAAGCAGCUGAAGCUGGACAUGGUGAAGCACGGUUUAGAGGAAGAUGAUGAUGGCAAGAGAAAGUUCUACCGCGGUCAAGGCAAGCAUGGGAGUGUUGUCGUUGGCUUAGCCGUAGAUAGUCUGAACAAGACUAUGCUUUCUGCCGGAGCUGAUGGCAAGAUUAAAUUCUGGGACUUCGCAUCCGGACUGCUGAGCAGCGAAAUUGACUGGUCCGCCUUUACGAGUGUCAGCGCCAUGCGCUACCACCGCGAGUCCGAUCUGGCUGCUUUUGCUUGUGCGGACGGAUGCGUCCGAGUGGUCGAUAUCUCUACCCAGAGACUUAUACGUGAGCUGUGGCCUUCUCGGCCCAACAUAACAGAGCUGAUGGGCGCACGCAUCGUCGACUUCUGUUUCUCGAGCGAUGGCCACCAAAUUGCGGCAUGCCUUCAAAAUGUCGUCUUGCUGUGGGACCUGCCGACCGGUCACCUGGUGGACGCCUUCAAACUCACGGCUACAUGCACAAGUCUGGCUUUCUCUCCCACUGCAGAGUUUCUUGCUACCGCAACAGCUGACUCUGUUGGCGUGGACAUCUGGAGCAAUCGCUCCUUGUUCACGCACGUGCCGGCCAGACACAUCGGUGCAAAGGAGUUGACGGAGAUUCUAGCAGCUGACGCCCACGCUCCUACAGUGAGCGGCGACGGAGGUGAAGUACUCGUACAGACCGACCUCGAUGAAGAAAUCGAAGACGAUGAUCUCGACUUGGUCAACGGCGGCCCUAACACGGACGUCGACCAACUUGCUUCCGACCUGUUGUCUCUUUCAGUUGUUCCUCGAUCUCGAUGGCAGAACCUACUGCACCUCGACCUCAUUCGACAACGCAAUAAACCUGUCGAGCCACCCAAAAAGCCAGAGAAGGCGCCUUUCUUCUUGCCUUCUAUUCAGGACCGGCAGACUACUUCGGCCGCUCAGAGGGUUGGCGAAGCAGAUGCUUUGGAUAUUGAGAAAGAAAGAGGACGUGUGCUGCGACAAGCUAAGGAAGGCACGCAAAGUACUUACACAGCAUUACUACACGACGCUCGAGACUCAAGCGACUAUGCGCCGUUCGUCGACCAUUUGAAAAGUCUCGGACCAUCUGCAGCGGAUAUCGAAAUUCGGUCCAUGCACACCGCUGCUGAAGACGGCGAGAUGCUGACUUUUGUUCAUGCUUUGGAGUGGUUGAUGGCGCAGAGAAGAGAUUUCGAGCUGGCGCAGACUUGGAUGGCCGUCUUCCUUCGCAUUCAUGGCGACGUUGUUCUGGCUGAUGAUAGUCUUCGUGACGCUGUUGAAGAGUGGUCUGCUGUAUCGGAACAGGAGAGAAGGAGGGUGCAGCGCUUAGCUGGAUACUGCAAUGGUCUUGUUGGAUACCUUCGAGCUGCUAGAGUGUAA